ACACUCACGUGUUUCGAGUUGCACAACGCCGAACGCAUCCGUUACAUUAUGCAUCCGGAAUCAAACAAAUUGUGCCAUUAUACUACAUGGCGCGAAGUAACCUACAACCUGAAAUUACGUCGAUGACGAGGAUUUAAGGAACAAGUUGUCCCCGCGAAAGUGACAUGUUGACGCAUCGGUCUGUUUAUCUGAUUAAAGGACAUUGACACGCGUCAUCGUUCUAAGAUGCCUGCCAAUCUCUCGUUCUUCGCGGCACGAACUUAAUAUCUAUUUCGAGUCGCACGCAAUGCGUUAAUCGUUUAUUUAUAACGCGUUGCUGUGCCGCUUUUUCAACCACCGUUUAUAAAGUUUCGAGAUUAUGUUAUCGUAAAAUGUGUUAAAUAUUUUGUUUUUUCUUUGUUGCCGUACACAAGUUAUGGACGAGAUUUGGUUUCAUCUCUCCAAUCAGAUCGAAUCGUUGCAGGUUCAAGCAUCAGUAGCAGCUCAACAAGGACAACAAUGGUGCAUGCUAUUGCUGGCUCAAUUUCGUCACCUUAUUCAGCAAUUGUGUAAUGAGGAACACACACAGCAUGCAAAAGUUGCUGCACUGCGUGUAGCUACUUCUGUACAAACUACUUGGCAAGAUAUUCAAUUCCGCUUUCAUAAUACCCAGUGGAAUACAAUAGACCUUUAUCGCCAACUCGCAGCUUUAUGUGCUAAUAAAGUAUCAAGGAGGGAUGCAAUGUUUUGCAUAUCAGGUAUAGCUGUUGGCACAAUAAUAGGCUAUUAUAUGGGUAUCAAUAUGAAACUGCCUCUCAACUGUUACAUGCAUGUAAAAGCUAUAGUUUGUUAUCGUUAUGAUGGUCUUGAGAGUGUGUUCAUCAUGGACGACAUUGAAAUACCAACAAUCAUAAAGCCGAAUGAGCUAUUAAUCCGCGUUCGCGCCGCUUCAGUUAAUGUUGUCGAUACGAAGAUAUGUCAUGGUUACUCUAGGAUUUAUAGGAAAUUACUUAACUCAGGAAGACAGAAAGGACUACCUAUAACUUUAGGAAGGGAUUGCGCGGGGGUGAUAAAGGGCGUCGGAUGCAAUGUUAUCGAUUUCAAUGUCGGAGACGAGAUAGUUUUAGCCGUGCCAUCGUGGGCUCCUGGCACGAUGGCGGAAUAUAUAAUCGUUCCAGAGAUGCAAGUAGUGAAACGGCCUAAAACCUGUACCUUUGAAGCCUGCGCCAGCCUACCAUACAAUGGCUGCCUAGCGUGGGAUGCUUUAGUAAAUAGAUCAAUCAUCAAGGAGGGCAACGCUAAAGGAAAGCUUGUUUUUAUUCACGGCGGGAGCACUCCAGUCGGUUGUAUCCUGACGCAACUAAUUAAAUUAUGGGGUGGUCAUGUGACAGUCACAUGCAAAGAACAGGCGGUGCCCGUGAUGAAGACACUAGGCGCCGACAAUAUCAUAAUUAUAGACGAGAAAGAUAUUGAGCAAUAUCUACAAUUAGGUUAUUUACGCGAUAGAUUUGACGCAAUUUUUUAUACCGAUAAUAAUCAACCGUUUGAAGAACGCAUUCUGAAGAAAUAUUUGAAGCCUAACGGUUCCUACGUCUCUACAGUUCCCGAACAAUUAAAGUCGGAUUCGUUAGGGUUUAUAUGCGAAACUAUAUUUGCGGGAUGCGUCAGAGUAAAACUAUUAGUUCAGUACAUUUUUGGAUUCAACAUGCAUCAAUGGAAGGAAGGCGCGAAAUUGAACGUUGCAUAUCUGCGAGCCCUAUGCGACCUAGUCGACGAAGGUCAUUUGCAACUGAUCGUGGGCAGAGUAUACACCCUGCGUAAUUUUGAGUGGGCGUUAUUUCAUGUUUUAGACCCAAAUUCAAUCGGUAGUACGAUUAUAACGCUUAAAUGAUAUUUUAUCGUUGAUACUAAAAAACUAUUCUUCUGUAUGUAAUAUCAUAGCGUAAAACAUUGCUGUGUAAUCAUCACCGCACAUUAUCAACAGACACUCGCAUCAUGGCAAAACAGAAAACUAGUAGUUAAAAAAACUUUUUCAGUGCGGAAAUAAAGACUGACAAACGUAAUGCAAUUAACAAAUAAAUCGAACGCGAACGAAUAGUUUGUUCUUUUCAAAAUUAUCGCUGAUAACCGUUAAUAAGAGUAAAGAGAUAUUAACGACAAUAAAAUGCAACGAUAAAUGAUAGGAAACGAAUGCGAGAAUCAGGUUAUUGUGAAAAAUUUUUAUAAAAAUAUGCGUGAUUAUAGAAAAUCGCCUCUUUUGUCACUUGUUACGAUGAAAUUUAUCAUGUAAGGGAGUAUACAUUUUUUUGUGAAUAUUACACAUAUAUUUUACGAAAUAAAUAGAAAAAAUUA